UAUGUAAAAUAAAUGUUGCUGUUUACCAACAGAAAAAGCAUUCCUCUUAAUUGUUUACUUAGAUAUAAGCAGAAUCAUUUGGGGUUCUUUAAUUUAACAUUUUUAGGAACUAUAACAUGUGCAUUCAUGUUUCAAAGGGAAUCUUCAUUGUCACUUGUUAUUACAAUUUUGGAUAUAAUUCUUAUUGUAUUUUAAUCAUCUCUAGCACUUUAUAUCAAUAUGAGAGCACUUAAAUAAAAUAACAAAAAACCUAUUUAUAUCUAUAGAAAAUUGAAAUUACUCUUUGUUUGUUGCAAUACUUUUGAUAGAUUAGUUGCCCCUAUAAUAAAUUGUACCUUGAUCUUCAAAGAUGUAAUAAUCUUAAUAUUUAGGAUUAAAAAGAAACAAGAUCAAACUAUUGUGUAGUUGAUGUCUUUGUUGCUUUAAUUAUCACAGCAAUUAUAUGGAAUUUUAUUGAAUAUUAUUUCUAUACAAUAGUCAAAGAUUUUGUAUUAAUACUUUAACGAUCAGGUAUAUACUAAACUUAAUUUAGAUAAUAGAUCAUUGCGUUAUUCAAAAGAUAAAUCAUAAAAGAAUAGUGAUUCUAAUAAUUUAGCAAUUAUAUAUGAAGUAGUAGGUAUGAGACCAUUGAUAAAAAGAAGAGGAUAAUAAGUUAUUGAAGCAGAUAAAAUUGAAUAAGGACAUCUAAAAUCAAGUUAAGAAGCUUAGAGAAUUUAUGCAUAUCCAAUUUAAUAAAAUUAGAGUACAUUUUAUUAUUUCAAUUAGCUUUUUAAAUUUUGGGAUCAUCAUCUGGUUUAGUAGAAAUUGAUUUAAUCAAAUGA